CAAAUAAAGAAUCACAAGUCUGAAUGAUUUUCUGCGUUAGGAACAGCUGAUUGUACACCAGCCAUUUUUCGUUUCUCAGGACACCAGCCAAGCCAUUUUUGCGUGGAAAAGUAGAAUGUACGACGAAGACCAGGAUGUCGAUGAUCUCGACCGACUUUUGGUUUGCCCUUACGAGUCAAGUCACCAAGUGACUGCUUCGCGAAUGAACCACCAUCUAGUGAAAUGUAGAAAGAAUUAUUAUGUUACUGAAAAGACCAUAUGCCCUUUCAACGAUGAACAUAUGAUUUUUGAACAAGAAAUUGAGACCCACAAAAUUUUGUGCCCAGAUAGACCAGACAGUGUGAUCGACGAAGUUCAAAACAGCGACGAAAAACGCCGCGAAGGCAACGAAAUUGUCGACAGUGUAGAAGCCGAGGAAACGAAAGCCCACACGAAUUGCGACUCCGAUCYUCAAACGGAUAAAGCAUUGGCUGAGACCGGAUGUAUAAACGGGCCAAAAGUAGGCGGUUUGAAAGACUACAAUAUAGAUUCAACAAACGAAGACGUACAAGAAACGGUAAUGGUACUUAACAACGAUGAAUCGACGGUGAAUGGCGAAACUGAGUCCCCACAAGAAAAUGGCGCGAAUGACAAGAAGUGUGACCUAGAAGAUGUGUUGGUGAAUGCGGUUUCACACAUGGCCGGAUUCGAGCCACAAGACGACAAUAUAGCAAUUGAAAAGCAAUUAUCACAAUCGAAAGCUAACUUGUCUYCUUCGUUGGAGAAUGGCGAUGUCAGUGASACAACGGUGAACGGCCAUGUCGAGGAACAUUUCGACUACAAGAAAUACGCACCGACCAAGGAAGAAAAAGAAGAAUUUCUCAAACUUAUCAAAGAACACAAAGAAGAGCAGAACGGUUUAAGUGAUAAGGACGAGUCAUGUUAUCAGGGCUAUGUAUGGCAGGGCUACACUUACAUAACACAGCCAUACCAUCCAAACCAAUCCUAUCCUGGUAUGUACGGUCCAGGUACCACAUUUAUAGCCUAUCCUAACGGGGCAUACCAUCCUGUAGGUAAUGGCCAGUAUCCCACUCACUAUACUUUCCAGCCAGGGUCAGGACCAGUCCCUCAAUACAUCCCUACCCCUAUGCAAGGUUAUGACUAUAACCAUGGAUACACCCCACGGCAACACUACCGAAGACCUUACAGAGGCAGAAAUCAUUAUCACAAUAAUCACUCGUACAACAGAUAUCAUAAUGGUUAUAAUAAACAUAACCAUUACAAUGGCCACAAUUACAACAAUGGGUAUCGCAAUCAUUAUAACCAUUAUAAUGGUUAUUACUCUCACGAURCUUACAGUCACACUGACACUGAUUCAAACAGCUCAGCAUCUGGCCAUUCUGAUGCUGGUUCUGCCGACCAUAACAUGUACAAUGGUAAUGGUCAUCAAUCUGACAACGAGAGACCACAUCAUCAACCCAGGAGAUCAAACCACUUGUCAAAAGGAUGUGUUAACUUGGAGAGGAUCAUUCAUGUCAAUACUGACUCUGAUGGUGAAUCUGGACCACCCAGUAUCAAUGGUAACAUGUUAGACCUAUCACCAGAACCCAGUGAAAGUUUUGAGGGGACAAGUAAAAGGAAAGGAGAGAAGGAUAAAGUUAUACGCAAAUUGAGAAAGAAGUUGAAUGAAAUUUAUGCACUUGAGAAUAAGAAGAAUUCUGGGGUUCAAAUUGACUGUGACCAACUCAAGAAACUGUCCAGGAAGAGGGAACUGGAGGAUGAACUGGCAGCCUUGACUAUAGAUUGACCUCUAAUGGUGAUAAAGAUAGACUUCACAAAUAACUAGAAGAACAUUUAUACAGAUGUUUGACAGUUUCUACAAUGAACAACCCCACCCGUUCCCCCACAAGAUAGGUUUGGUAGAAAGAAACACUGGACCUGGCAUUGGCUGGCAGAUAAGUUAAUCAUUGUGUUGAUAGUUAUAAUGUUAAAAGGUUAUCAAACAGUAAGCCAUUAGUCAGWUUUUUAACAGUAAUUAUAGGGCUAAAUACCUGACUUAUAGCCUGUUGAUUUGGCUAUAAACAUACAAUGUAUAUGAUCAUCUAUUUAAUGGCAAUCAGAGAUAAAGGGUUUAUUUUGGUGGAAUCAAAUAGUCAUUUGUAAAUAGAUAUGCCUGCGCAUAAUAGAUCAACAUUGUGCUAUAGACAAUAACAUUUCCAUUUUAGUCUGACUUAUGAUCAAAGUCAAUCCCAUUUUUUGAGUUCAUUCGUUUAUUAUAUAAUCAUAUGAAAUGAACAGCUUUGAGUAACUAAGCUCUAUAUUUCCAUCCAUGAACCAUAUUCAGUUGGCAUACCAUGGAUGUAGUAGCAAUGUAAAUARCAAAAAUGAUAAUUAACUGGAAUCAACUUGCUUAAAGUUUGACGUUAUAAUGUCUAUAUUAGAUAAGAAUUAUUCUUGGGACUUAUCUUACCUUUUGGUGCCUGUUAAGGCUUUGGUUAUUUCCAUUAGAAGGAAAAUAUAAAAAACAAACAAAAGAUAUAGUUAUAGUCAGUUGUAAAUUAACAGAAAUUUGAUGUCAUUUUGUGUAGAUUUCACAAAGUGCAUAAAUGUUAUGUGCACCUUAUAGGCAAAAUUGGGCACAAAAAAGUGAAUGGCUAAAAAAGUUUGCAUAUUUAUCCAAUUCCAAAUAAAGUAUUUAAUAUAUAUUUUGGUCAAAUUGUUAAUGUCGAAAAGAGGAUUCAUCACAUACCCAAUAAAACUCUUCAGAGAGAUACACUAUUAUUUUUGUGCUAUUACACAGAGUCAUACUUAAAGAAUUCUGUUCACCUUACGUAAAGUGCUAUUAUACAAGGUUAAUAUUUACCACUAAUAGCAUAGAUUCCAUUUACUGCAUUUGACGUGAUAGUUAAGUAAAGAGAUAUGAUUUAUUUUUGAAAUAAUUUKAGACAGUCAACUCUUGACCUUUGCACAAUCAUAUGUACAAGAAAGUGUAUCAUAUGAUCUAGCUUGUGUGAAUCCACUAGAAUGUGAAACUAGCAGUUUGGUGAUAAUUGCUGGCCACAGACAGAGAUGCCAGCAUUGCUUUCAUCCUUUCUUUUGGGUGARGAAAUGACCAGCAUCAGCACAACCUUCUCUAGUUUAACUGCUUAGUUUAAUCAUGAUUCAGUGAUUCAGUGGAUUGACUGCAAGCAUUGAUUCCAAAAUACAAGUAAUAAGUGCAAUGAUAUACUUCGCUAAGGUGAGAAGUUUAACAAUCUUCAAGGAAUCACAAGAUUUCAAGGUCAUUACAUGAGUUUGACUGUAUCGUAUGCAAUGAUAACACACUAUAGUAUCAAAAUAUAGUGAUACAAUAGACAGUUUGCUUCAUGAGAUACAUAGCACAAGAAACACUUGGUAGAGUUAACCAGGUAUAUCACAUAAUCAAAAUAAUAUUAUAGAAAUACUAUAUUUAUAUUAUUAUCUCAGGGGGAAGGGAAUCAUUCAUGACAUUCUCUAAUAUGUCACAAAUCAAGUUCACUUMUAAGUAUGUAGUGUUUGUGUGUGGAAGAAUGCUUGCAAYAUGUGUUUUGUACCAUYSUUUCCAAAGCUACACAACAUGUCCCAGAUAAAAAUGCAUCAUGAGUGCARCCUGGUAAUUAUUAGCUGGUUUGAUUACUUUGAAGUUUAUCUGGGUUGUUUGCAUUUCAACACAAAUGAUGGUAACCAUAAAGUCUUUCUAUUGUGCAUAUUACUAUCCUUGCAGACUGAUGUAAAGAUACUAAUUAAAAAUGAUAGUGUUUAAGUAUGGCUCUACCUUCCAUUACAAUUAAUGAGCUGCCGUCGCAUUGAAUUAUCAAGAGGUUCAUUACAGGCGUCUUACAUAAAUCUGUUCUUCAUAGCAAAAAGAUGCUUCCACUGAUGACCAAAUUAAGCUCUUUGUUUCAUUGCAUUUAUAUCAAUGGUGUUUUUUUUCAUUGGCUCAUUCUUAAGCUCCAUAUGAUAUGUUGAUACAAUAUUAUAAUAAUAUUAGUAAUAUAUUAUUAAUGCAUUAGAUAUUAAUGCAAUGAGACAAACAGCUUAAUUUGGUUGUCAUGGAAGCACAACAAAAAUAGAGCGGAUUUCGUAUGAGUGGGACACCGUUACCGCACGGUUACCGCACAGUUACCGGACCUGGCCUGCGCAAUUUUGGUGAACCAAUGGGGCACUAGAAUUUGGUUACAGUACGAUUACGGUCACAGUACAGUACCGUCCGUUUCCCACUCAUACGAAAUCCGCUCUACUUGUCAGCUUUGCAAGUUGUAUUGCAUAUUUCCACACACCAACCUUUCUGUACAUAUACCAAGUAAAUUCCUUUCCUUUAAACAUUAUUUUUUCUUUUAAUGAAUGUCAUGAAUGAACUUAUAGUUAGACACCUUAAAGUGUUUAGUGAAAGAUAAUAAAACACAAGUUGUUUAUAAGAGAUCAAAUCAUUAUGAACAAUGCUUCRUGGCAAGGAACGGAACUGAACACGUCACAGUUUGAUGGAUUGCUGAAAUUGCAAUUACACAUUAUUAUUGAGUUUAUUUUUCCUCAGAUUUAAAGUAUUAAAAUAUUAUUAUCAAAGAUUAUAUUGAAAGUUCAUCAACUCCUUGUAAUAUCAGCUUCUUAGUCUAUGAGUAGGUCCAAUAGGAGUCAUUUAGUAUUAUUUUGAAUGGACAGAGGGUGCAAUGCAAUAAGAGUUGUCAAGUUUUGGCUUUACAAAGCCAGAAAAACCAGGUUACUUGUUUACCAAAAAAAUUAUUUUAUUUUACUUGCAUUUGCAACUGCAGUACACCGUACAUUUUUAGCCUUGGCAAAUUUUCUCUCAAUGUCUUGUAUUUGACAAAAUUGAAGUAUACUUUUUAUUUUUUGCCAUGGACCUCACAUAAACCAAAAGUUGCUAUUACUUGUUAUUAAUAUUAUGAAAUAAUUAUAUUCGAAAACAAUUCACAUACUGAAGUUAUAAUUUACACAUUUAAGUAUUAAGUUAUGUCAUUUAACCCCAAGAAUCAUUUACACUAUAGUCAUUGACAUUAAAGAACCAAAAGAUGACAUGUGAGGACGAGAUUUGAUUUUUCUUCAUGAAGAUUUAUCAUCUUUCCUUUUGACAGAACUAACAGUAUAAUAGACUUCUGAACCUUUUACGUCACUACUUGAUUUUCAAUGCAUUGUGGGAUCAGUUUCAAGRGAAAACAAAAGAAAUCCACCAUGUUUUGUCCCAAACAUGUCCUACAAUGCAUUGCGUAUACGGUACAUGACGUAAAAGCUGCAGAGGUCUAUUAUCUAUAUAACAGUGGAUCAUUUAGUGAGGUAAAGACAGUAAAGUGCUGACUAUAGUGUGAAUGUUUCUGUGGGUUUUGUUUUUUCUCUACAUGCAGUAGGGAUCCUCAAAUGCUGUGACAAAGAAUUGUACAAAUCGAGGGCAUCACACUUCAGUAGUCUAUUUUUAAUCAAGUAGUUGUUAGUAUUGCUUCUUUGUCAUUGGUGUUCUUCAGCUAGAGUUAACGACCCAUGAAAACACUAGACUACAAUUCCAUUGUGUUGUUUAGUUUCUCUGGGUUUGUUUACUCUAGUACAACUAUCACCAGCUCACAAAGCCUACAAAGCUUGUGUCCUUACAUUAUAUCAAAUUAAGACAGSGCUGUGGCUAUAACAAGGCAUUAGACAGGACAUACAAUAUCAAUUUCAAGAUCUAUUGAUUAACAUUUUAUUUGAUCAAGGGCAUUUUGGAUUAUUACAUCUUGACUAUUAAGCAUAGUGCCCAGGUACAKGCACUAGUGUGAACAUUGCAAUUUUUGCUGGUUCUCACRAACCUUCCAGGYACUGAACCUGGUACAGAAUACCAGAGUGUGCAGGUUUCUCCAACACAACAUCUCUASUGYYUGUGAUACCCYGGGCCAAGUCUAUAGUUAAUGCCSUGAUCAUAUUAAUGUAUUGUAUGAUAGCUUGUWGUAGGGUUUUGUGAAGGGACACCAUGAUAUCAAGUUGUUUUACCAGGGUUUGUAGCAUGAUAUAACCCAGGUAUGGAUGUUAUAGCUAUGUAAAAUAAAAAUAAACUGUGCAAGAAAGAACAA